AUGUCUACCUUUUCUGCUUCUGAUUUCAACUCAGAAAGAUAUUCAUCUUCAAGACCUUCUUAUCCCUCCGAUUUUUACAAGAUGAUUGAUGAAUACCACGACGGAGAAAGGAAAUUACUCGUAGAUGUUGGCUGUGGACCAGGUACUGCCACUUUACAAAUGGCUCAGGAGUUAAAACCAUUCGAACAAAUUAUCGGAAGCGAUCUCUCCGCUACCAUGAUUAAGACUGCAGAAGUAAUAAAGGAAGGAAGUCCUGAUACAUACAAAAACGUUUCAUUUAAGAUUUCUUCAAGUGAUGAUUUUAAAUUCCUAGGCGCGGAUUCAGUAGACAAACAGAAAAUUGAUAUGAUUACCGCAGUAGAAUGUGCUCAUUGGUUCGAUUUCGAAAAAUUUCAGCGAUCUGCUUAUGCCAAUUUGAGAAAAGAUGGUACUAUCGCUAUUUGGGGUUAUGCGGACCCAAUUUUCCCGGACUACCCUGAAUUUGAUGAUCUGAUGAUUGAAGUUCCUUACGGGAAGCAAGGACUGGGACCCUAUUGGGAACAACCGGGGAGAUCUCGCCUUCGUAAUAUGCUGAAAGACUCUCACUUAGACCCAGAACUUUUCCAUGAUAUACAAGUUUCAUAUUUUUGUGCAGAAGAUGUGAGAGACAAAGUAAAACUCCACCAGCAUACAAAGAAGCCAUUGCUAAUCAGAAAGCAGGUCACCCUAGUGGAGUUUGCAGAUUAUGUCAGAACCUGGAGCGCUUACCAUCAGUGGAAGCAGGAUCCAAAGAACAAAGAUAAAGAAGAUGUAGCAGAUUGGUUUAUUAAAGAGUCACUAAGGAGGAGGCCGGAACUUUCCACCAACACCAAAAUUGAAGUUGUUUGGAAUACUUUUUACAAACUUGGCAAAAGGGUCUGA